UACUGGACAAGGUUUUGUAAGAGGAAUCCGUCCACCAGUGGACGGAUUGCCUGCCAAUGUUGGCGAAAAGGUUCGGACCACCAAUGGACGGAUUACUGGGCAAGGUUUGCAAGAGGAAUCCGUCCGCCGGAGCACAACAAUGUUUUGCAAGAAAAAUCUUGGUUAUGUUUGCAAGAGGAACUUUUAUUCUGACGGAUGAUUUUUUUUUUCGUAAUUUUUGCAGAUGGAAUCGGUCUACCUAUACUAAAAUGGACACCGCGCCGCCGUCAGGUUUCCGGUCUGUAAUUACCCCCGCUCGGUGAAUGCCAGCCUACGCCGAGAUGCUGGUAUCGCAGAGUCCGCCGGUGCAAAACUACUCGCUAACCGACUACAUCACCAAACAGUCGACCCACUGCGGCCAGCGUCCCUGCAGCUGACCCCGCCGCCGCUGCGCCGUCAACCGACGCCCUUCAAUCCGUUGCAAAAUGCCCGCCUCGCCGCGGCGAUAAUUCCUGGUGGUGCGUCCGGAAGAUCUGAGAAGGGCCUUUCAGAGAUUCGCGCUUUCUUCGACGGAAACCGCGCCAGUCAAGUACGACCAGCAGGGCGCGAAAUACGAGGAGUUUGCGGAACUUUAUCCGGGACACUGACGUGGCGGACCGGUUCGAGGAGUUUCCGAUGCUGCGAGAUAAGAUCCUGCGGACAACAAGUUGAUCUCCAGCAACUUUUGCGAUAUUGACCACACGAUGACGAGGGAACGGAUGAGAAGAUCAGGACGAGACCAUUUCAACUUUGAACGUGAUGGACACGGACCACCAACUGAUGCGCUCGUCGCUGAUUCGUCGCCAGUCGUUCUUCCGGUAGUUCGACUCGAAGGUGUCAAAGAUAUGUCCCAAAGGUUCGGCUAAGCAUCAAACUUCAUCUAACUCAACCUUUUUUCAGAUAACUCAGCUUGGCAACUAGUAACGUGCUACAGACGUAUGUAGCCCAAACGGAGGGUUCGGUCGUUGUCAGCGACACCGGCCGAAGGCGCAUUCAAUUGAGAACACGGUUCCGGCAUCCCCGGGAAGGCGGAGACACGCCAAAGAAAUCCGUCUUCCGGAGGAUCAGUUUCUCAUGCCAACAUGUUUGGAGGUGGAAUCUGGCCAAAGUUGAGAACAGUUUUGGUUGGUCUUGAGCCUGUACCCUCGUCGAACUCGAACUUGGCCGCUCUCAAUCCGGUACGACCUGUUCUAGGCUGUAUUAACUGAUCUUUAACUUGCUUUAUUCAUCUUUUAGGCGAUCCACGACCUGACGGCCUUAACCCGGUACGCUCGUUGAAAUCAUUCACCAUCUGCGAACUCGGACUUGGUCGCCUUCAACCCGGUACGACCUAUUCUGUUCUGUAUGAACUAAUCUAGAACUUGUUUUGUGGUUCUUCUAGGCGAUCCACGAUCUGCGAUAGAUUCCGCCAACAUCCUGUGAUAGACCUCAUGCGCGAUCAACCCUGACCCGGUACGCUUGUCAAAUUCCGUCUCAAUCUGCGGUAGAUCUCGUGCGCAGUCGGACAAGAUGAUGUCCGGGGACGGCGAUGUCAUCAACAGUCACCAACGAUGGCGCAACCAUUUUGAAGCUGAUAGAUGUAGAUCACGAGAUCGGCUAGCUGAUGGUGCAGCUGUCGCAGUCACAGGACGGGGAGAUCGGAGACCGGGGAAUUCAUCCGAUUCGUAUUGCCGAUGGGUUGAGCUGGCGGCGCAGUGCGCGAUCAAACAUAUGGACUCGAUCGCAAGUCCGUUUCCGAUUUCGCUAGACAACAAAGAACCGCUGAUCCAUUUGGCGAUGACGGCUCGUAGGAUCGUGAACAAGUGCCACAGGACGAUGGCGGAGAUUGCCGUGGAUGCGGUGCUGACCGUGGCGGAUUUGGUAAAGCGAUGACCAUUAGACCGGAACUCGCCUGUUGUCGUCAUCGUGCUUCCGGCCUUUGUCACCGAACCCAAAAUUCUCAGCGGGGACAAGUAAUCCUGUCCGGAGCAGUAUUCAAAGUAGGAGAAUAACAUUAACUCCACAAUCCAUACCUUUUGUAAUAAAUUUCCGAGUUUUGAGUAUAUUUUAUCAAUAAAAAAAAGCACUGCGUUGUUCAUUUCUUUUAAA